AUGCCCUCUAUGCAUCACACUACAAGGCGCAUGGGGCCUGCGCACAACAUAUCCUUUCUCCUUUCUUUCCGGUCUCCGCUACAAAGAAGACGCAAACAUGUUCAUGCCAAAGGCCCAUCGUGUCGCGUCAUUGUGGCGAAAAAGGAUUUCCAUGCACAGAAGCACCCCGAGUUUGAGUCAAUUCCCAACCUUCAUGUCAUUAAGGCACUGCAGUCGCUGCAUUCUCGCGGCCUUGUCAAGGAGCAGUUUGCUUGGAGACACUACUACUGGUAUUUGACCAACGAGGGCAUUGAGGAGCUCCGCAGCUACCUGCACUUGCCCCCAGAGAUCGUGCCCUCGACCCUGAAGCGCCCUGCUCGCUCUGAAACUGUGCGCCCACGCCCAGCUGCUGGCGGCCCACGCGGUACUGGUGAUGCCUCCAAGACUGGCGAGGAUCGCUCGGCUUACAGACGCGCCCCCGGCGGCAGCGGUGUGGACAAGAAGGGAGACGUUGGACCCGGCGCUGGAGAGGUUGAGUUCCGUGGCGGAUUCGGUCGUGGCUCGCGCAACUAAAUACGCGGCGCCCUUCUUU